UGUAAUUAAUAUAUAGGUACCUAUUUAUACCACAUUCAAUAAUACAAUAUCUGGUGGGGUCUGUAAACAAUUAUAAUGAUAAUACUUAUUUCUAUAAAUGCGUAUUCAGCCUAUUAUAUUUAAUAAAUCAUCAGCCAUCACUUUGAUUAGUUAUACAAUUAAAUACCUAAUAAAAUAAAAUAUAAUAUAUAGUUUUUUUUUUAAUUAGAUGACAUAUACUUAUACGUGAUAGACGUAGUAGAUCAAGGUCGUGGACAUUAAAUAAAGAACAAGAAAUGUUGGUAAUUGCCGUGAUCGUAUUAUUUCUAAGCCCGGUAUUUUGCGAGGUAGAGGUAAAAAUUACCAAAGGAAUUUUAAAAGGUCAAAUUUUAAAAUCAAGAAAUGAACGACCUUAUUACUCGUUUACUGGUAUACCGUAUGCAAAACCACCCGUUGGAAAACUUCGAUUUGAGGCUCCUGAACCAGUUGAUCCAUGGGAUGGUACAUUAGAUGCCACUAAGCAUUCAACCGCAUGUAUCCAAAAACAUGUUAAUAACAGUAGUGAAGAUUGUCUAUAUUUAAACGUAUACACACCAAGUAUUGAUGGUAAUUUUCCUGUAAUGUUUUGGAUUCACGGAGGAGCGUUUUAUUUAGGAUACAGUGAUUCGAAUACGUUUGGUCCAGAUUAUUUUAUGGAUACAAAUGUAGUUUUGGUCUCAAUUAAUUUUAGACUAGGCAUAUUAGGUUUUUUGAGUACCGAAGACGAUGUUAUACCCGGAAACUAUGGAAUGAAAGAUCAAGUUGAAGCAUUGCGGUGGGUUAAAGAAAACAUUGUUAAAUUUGGUGGUGAUCCCGAAAAAGUGACUAUUUUUGGCGGAAGCUCUGGCGGAGCGAGUAUUGGUUAUCACAUGUUAUCGCCAAUGAGUAAAGGCCUAUUUCACAAAGCCAUACUCCAAAGUGGUACUCCAUUAUGUCGUUGGAGUACAUAUCUACCGGGCGUAGCUCACGAUCGAAGUAAAAUUAUUUCACGUAUAGCUGGAUGUGCUGAAAACUCAUCUUCUAAUAACAUAUUAAAAUGUCUCAGAGCUUUACCGGAAAGAUUUUUUAGUGAUGUUUAUGAAAAACUUUGGGAAUGGCGUUCGUAUCCAAGUGUAUUAUUUUCGCCAGUAGUCGAGCAAUGUGAUUCGGGUCAGGAAGCGUUUCUUUGUCGUCACCAGCUGAACGAGUUCAAACAAGAAUCAUUUGUGCCGGCCAUUAUCGGACUAAACUCAGCUGAAGGCGGAAUGAUAGUUUCUUCUUUGUACAAUGACACUUCUAUUCAAUAUCCAGAAUUUUAUACAGAUUUUAAUCGCUUAUUUUCGAUCAUACUAUCACAUCAACAUUUUACACACGAUUUAGACGAAAUCAGUGAAAAUGUAUUAAAGAAAUACUUCCCAUCUGGAAAAAUUGAAGAUCAUUCCCAUUUAAAAACUGUAGAAAUGAUUACCGAUGGACGUUAUCUUCAUGGUAUAUUAGAUAUGGCUUUUAAACUGGCGUCACCAGUGUAUUUUUAUUUAUAUGACUAUCAAAAUGAAUUUUCAUUCAACACUUUAUAUGGCAAAUGUAAUAAAAAAUUAGGGAUCACUCACGGUGACGAGUUGACCAGUCUGUUCAAAUCGGACAUUGUAAAUCCUAGGAAAUUAAAUUUAAGAGAUACGGCGGUUUCAAAGCUGAUGGUUGAUAUUUGGACGAAAUUUGCUACAGAAAAGUUACCAACUAUUGAUGGUACAAUAAAUGGUACAGUUUGGCCUACAUUUGACUCACAGAGACAAUCAAUACUUCACAUAAAUUCAGAUCAUCCAGUUAUUAUACAAAAUCCAUUUGAAGAAAAGUAUAUAUUUUGGAAUAAUUUGCCACUUCUUUCUAAUUUUAAGAAAGUAAUUUCUAAAAAUAAACUUUCUCUAGGUCAUAUGAAAAAUGAGUUUGUUAUUUUGAUAAAGAUAAUGUUAUUUGAUUUUUUGAUUUUUAUUAUUUUAUAUCAAUUAAUAAUCACCAUGAAAGUACUUGGUAUUCUUAUGCUACUAGUCGGACUCGUAUUUGGUACGGAUAAUAUUUUGAACUUAAAUCAAGGAAAGAUACAAGGUAGUAUUUUUAAGUCAAGAAAUGGACGGGAAUUUCAAGCAUUCCAGGGAAUACCCUAUGCCAAACCACCGAUUGGAGACCUUAGAUUACAGGAUCCAGAGAAAGCAAAUUCGUGGAGUGAUAUUUUAGAUGCGACCAAGGAAAAACCAAUGUGCAUUCAAAAAAAUUUGUUCAUGUAUAAAACAUAUAACACACUUUUGGGUGCCGAGGAUUGUUUAUAUAUGAAUGUAUACACUCCUAAGGUCAAUAAAAAAGAUCAAAAUGACUUGCUACCGGUAAUGGUUUGGAUCCCAGGUGGAGGCUUCAGCUCAGGACAUGGAGGUUUCAGUUUAUAUGGUCCUCAAUAUUUGCUAGACAAGGAUGUCGUUGUUGCUUCUUUCAACUAUAGAAUUGGACCUCUUGGAUUUUUAAGUACCGAAGAUGAUGUAUUACCGGGAAAUUAUGGUAUGAAAGACCAAGUCUUAGCCCUGGAGUGGAUCAAAAGUAAUAUUGAAAAGUUUGGCGGAGAUCCGAAUAAAGUAACAAUAUUUGGUGAAAGUGCUGGAUCAGUUAGUGUUGGUUUACAUUUAUUAUCUCCAAUGAGCAAAGGAUUAUUUCAUAAAGCAAUAUUGGAAAGUGGAACUCCUUUGUGUCGAUGGGCUGUAUCUCCACCAGGAUGGGCUAAACGUAGGGCUGCAGCUCUAGCUACUAUUUCUGGAUGUCCUGAAGACUCAAAAAAGUUGGCUAAAUGUUUAAGAAAUAUGCCUGCUGAGUUAUUAGUAGAUCUACUCUACAAUUUAUUUGAAUGGAAAGUGUUCCCGGCAAUUCCUUUCAUGCCUGUUGUUGAAAAUUGUGAAAAUAAAACAGGGUUUUUAUGCAAAUAUCCUCUGACUAAUUUUAAACAAGAAAAUAAUGUUCCAAUUUUAAUGGGUAUGAACUCUGGAGAAGGUGGUCUUUUUGCUGCUAGAAUCUUUAAUGAAAAAUGUGAAGUUGAUCAGGAACUAAAGAAGAAUUUUGAUCACUAUAUUUCAUCGUUACUUAUUUAUAAAUACACGGCAAAGACAUCCGAUCUUCCCAUAAUUAGUAAAAAGAUAUACAAACGUUACUUUCCUAAAGGCACUAUAGAUAAUCCUUUAGAUGCUGUAAAAAUGAUUAGCGGUGCAAUUUUUCUACAAGGAAUAUUUGAAAUGGCAACCAAACUAUCAUCGCCGGUUCAUUAUUAUGUUUAUAAUUAUACAAAUGAGAUGUCAUUUAAUUCAUUUUUUGGACCAUGUAACAAGAAAUUAGGUGUAACGCACGGCGAUGAAAUGAUAAGUCUAUUCUUUUCUGAAGGACAGGCUCAAUUAAAAGGAGAGGAUCUCAAUGUAUCUAAACUUAUGAUUGACAUAUGGACUAGAUUUGCUAUCAAAGAUGACGAACUCACAAUUGAUGGUACUGACAAUGAAAUAAAAUGGCCGUUGCUGGAUUCCAAAAGUAUGCAAUAUUUGUUGAUCAGUUCAAGUAAACCUAUCAUAUCCAAGAAACCAUUCAUAGAAGAGUACAAAUUUUGGAAAAGUUUACCAUUAAUAUCAAAAAUUGAGGAGUCUGAAAAUAAUAUAAAAACUGAACUUUAAAAAAAAUAAUUUAAGCUUAUACAAACAUUUUUUUAAAUUUGUUAACUUAUAUUAAAUUAUUGAUAUAAAUUUUUAACAAAACUUUUGGGUUGAAAAUAUAAAAAAACACCCACAUGUUGGGUAUAUAAUUUUACAUACAAAUUAUUAAUUUAGAUUGGUGUUUCCUGAUCCCAAAUUUAAAAAAGGCUCAUGGGUGAUGUAAGUAAAAAAACUCAUCGUCCCUUUUAGGCUUUCAUUAAUCUUAUACCACCUCCCUCCAAUAAUUAUUUUAAAUUGGUGAUAAAUUUAUUUUUAUAACUAGUCAUUUAAUCAAAGUUUUUUAAUUCAAUUUAACAUUAUACAUAAUUUUUAUUUUUUAAUGAAAAUAUGUACUUAAAAUAUAAAUUAAAUUAGUAUAAUUUCGAUCGGUAUCAAAAUAUUUAUUAAUAAAUAUACCUAUUUAUUAUUAAUAAACUAUUUUAAUUAAUUGAUGAAUACAAUAUAUUAUUUAACGUACUUUAUUUAUUUA